GGUAAUGCAAUCAUUUCCUAAGCUAACGAGCACACAGCAGGCCUGUCGAUGGUUUUCUAUACAAAGGGUAAACGGGUAGGCCUAGGGGAUAUCAAGUGGAAAUUACGCGAUUUUUGAAGGAAAAUAUAGGAGUUGUUCGAAUUUAGGGUGUAUUCAUCAUGUCCAUGACUACACGGAGAGCUACAGAACGUCCAGUUCGACGAUCUAGUCGUUUAAAUAAGGGGAAAAAUACUGGUUCUUUGUCAGGAAGUAGCACAACCUCAACCACAGCCACAGCAGCAGGACCGUCAUCUGCAUCUAGGCCAAGGAAUUGUAUAUCAGUAUCUGAACAUAGAAAUCAACCGUACAGUCUGCGAAGGAAGUCAUCUACAUCAAGCGUAGAAUUAGAGAAAUCGUGUGCUCCAGUCAACCUCCAAACAAGGUCAAAACGUUCCAGAUUAAACCACCAAAAAGAUGUCCAUGGGCACUGCUCUUCCACUCCAGAUGAGAAUUUUCUACAAAACGACGUACCAGAUGAGAUCCUAAUUAAGAUAUUUUCAUAUCUCCUGGAAAGAGACUUGUGUAUGGCAGCGUGUGUCUGUAAACGGUUCAAUGAAUUAGUCAAUGAUAUCACUAUAUGGAAGAGGAUGUACCAGAAUGUAUAUGAAUUAUCAUUACCACUUUUAAGGCCUGCUCCAGCGAAGUUCAAGUUUGUACAGCCCGACAAAACGGAUCAUUUUAACAUAUGGAAAGAAAGCUUUAGAGUAUUAUACAAUGCAGUUCAUGUUAGGCCAGGCUAUUGUCAGAGGGUGUACAAUAUGCCCGAGAUGUUUAACGGUCGAGAUAUCCAGUACUGCGACACAAUAGAAGAAGCUUUGUCCACAGUCGAGGGCCAAGAUUAUCCCCUUAUUCUCGUCCAUGAAGGGGUCUACAGUGGUGAAUGGCUCUAUAUAGACAGUCCUGUCUGUAUCAUUGGAGCAGCAAUGGGAAAUAUUCCAGAUCAUGUUAUUGUGGAGAAUUGUAAAGAUUCCACGUUCAUAUUCAUCGACGGUUGUGAAGAUUCAUAUCUCGGCCACCUUAGUAUUAAGUUCACUCCAGAUCCAAACUCUAGUUCACAUCAUAAAAAUUCUUGCAUAGAAAUUGGAACAAAUUGUUGGCCAACUAUAGACGGCUGUACCAUACAGAGUAAAUCACAAGUUGGAUGUGCUGUUAGUGUGAAUGGUAAAGGUGCUGCCCCGGUCAUCAAGAACUGCGUUAUCAACAAGUGUGAGAAUGUCGGUCUGUAUAUUAACGAUCAUGCACAGGGAACAUAUGUUGACAACGAAAUCAGCAACAAUGCGUUAGCUGGUGUGUGGGUUAAGAACUACGCAAAUCCAAUCAUUCGACGAUGUCAUGUACAUGACGGUCGUGACGUUGGUGUCUUCACAUUCGAUAAUGGACUGGGCUAUUUUGACAAAUGCGAUAUCCACGACAACCGAAUUGCUGGAUUCGAGGUGAAAGCCGGUGCUAAUCCGACGGUUGUACACUGUGAAAUCCAUCAUGGCCAGACCGGGGGAAUAUACGUGCACGAGAACGGCCGCGGGGAAUUCAUCGAUAACAAGAUCCAUAGCAACACAUUUGCAGGAGUAUGGAUUACUUCCAACAGUGAUCCCACUAUAAGGGGGAAUGAAAUUUUCAAUGGACAUCAAGGGGGCGUGUAUAUAUUUGGAGAAGGACGAGGUCUGAUCGAGAACAAUAAUAUACAUAGUAACGCACUCGCUGGCAUCCAGAUUCGUACAAACAGUAACCCGAUCAUCCGAGGCAACAGAAUUCAUGACGGACAACAUGGGGGAAUUUAUGUGCAUGAAAAGGGCAAAGGGUUAAUCAUUGAGAAUGAGGUGUACAGUAAUACUCUAGCUGGUGUCUGGGUAACCACAGGUAGCUGUCCAGAACUUAGGCGUAACAGGAUACACAGUGGAAAACAGGUUGGUGUCUACUUCUACGACAACGGACACGGCACAUUAGAAGACAACGACAUAUUCAAUCAUAUGUAUUCUGGCGUACAGAUUAGGACCGGCAGUAACCCGCUAAUCAGAAGGAACAAGAUAUGGGGUGGGCAGAAUGGAGGAAUCCUUGUCUACAAUGGGGGAAUGGGAGUAUUGGAAUAUAAUGAGAUUUUUGACAAUGCUAUGGCAGGUGUGUGGAUUAAGACAGAUAGCAACCCACAUCUGAGGUACAACAAGAUCCAUGAUGGCUUAGACGGCGGAAUCUGCAUUUUCAACGGAGGUCGAGGUCUCCUUGAAUAUAAUGAUAUAUUCAGAAACACACAAGCUGGCGUACUAAUUAGUUCUCAGAGUCACCCGAAAUUAAAGCGUAAUCGCAUAUACGAUGGUCUUGCUGCGGGGAUCGAGAUCACCAACAACGCCACCGCUACGCUAGAGGCUAAUCAUGUGUUUAACAACAAAUUUGCAGGGAUAUGCCUGGCCACCGGUGUACAGCCAGACAUGAAAGAUAAUAAAGUUUACAGCAACAAAAAUGCAAUAGAAAAGGCUGUUCGCUGUGGAAGGUGUUUGUACAAAAUCUCUAGCUACACAAGUUAUCCGAUGCAUGACUUUUACAGGUGUAAAACAUGUAACACGACAGAACGUAAUGCAAUUUGCGUGAACUGUAUCAAGCGAUGCCAUGCAGGACAUGACGUGGAGUUCGUCACGCAUGACAGAUUUUUCUGCGACUGCGGUGCUGGGACGCUUUCGCUUCAGUGCCAGCUAGCUGGCGAGCCAACAAAGGAUACAGACACAUUGUAUGAUUCAGCUGCUCCAAUCGAGUCCCAUACCUUGAUGGUAAAUUGAAAUGUCGCCCUCUAGGGGCAUGCAGACAGUUUUAUUUCCUUUUUUAGGAAUAACAUUUUCAUCUUAUAUGUAAGGGGGAAAUAUUUUUUUAUUGGCCAUCUGUGUUUUUUUAUUUUGAUGUUAGUUGUUGGUUUUGUUUACGUGUGACUGUUAUCACUUAAUAACAGACAUGGAAUUCAAACUUCCUUUUUGUUGAUGAGAAUUUCUGUGGAAGUGGUAUCAGAGAAUAAUGUUAAUGAUAUAUUUUUGCAUAUAAACAACACACACAUACUGGCCAUGCUUGAAGUUGAAUAUAAAAGGAAUGCAUGCAAUUUUUGGGAGGGUAUCUAUAAAAAUAAUAAUAUUAAAAAGAAAGAAAAUGUGUAAAAAAUAAUACGAAGAGGAGAUAAUGUCACUUUUCAUUUGACCAUUAUUUGUUAAGUUGUUUUUUGCUAACAAGUGCUGCAUUUGCAAAAUAUUUUUGUAACUAGAAUACAGUGAUGGGGAGUGAAGCUAAUUUUAGUAAUAUUUUAAUUUCUGCAUUUGUGUAUGUCAGACGUUAAAUUCAUAUCUUUUUGGAAACAUCAUCGUCUAGUUCGUAUAGUGGCCAGUUGUACUUGUAACAGAAAAGCAUUUAGUUUUUGGGUAUAAAUACACCUUAACGUUCUGUAUAUUUAUUAAGAAAUAAUUACAAUUAUGCUUACUUGGCUGUAGGCUUUGUGUAUCUCAUGUAAUGAUAUUUGGAAACUCAAUUGAACGCACACAUCAUAAUAUUCUUAGUUUAUUCUUAGAUUGUUGCACUUACAGAAUAUUUUUCUUAACCACAAAAGCACAAACACAUGCAUGCCCAAACACCGAGAAUUAUAAUACUUUUUUUUAAAGUUCAUAAUGCAUAUGGGUACCAUCAUUAUUAUCUGCAAAAAUAUUUCUACACUUUUGGCUUAUAAUUUUAGAAGUGUAGAUUUCUUUUAAAAACACAUUUCAAUAUUAAUUAAGGUACUCAUUCACUAUAGUAUCUUUGUGUAUAUAAUAUUUUUUUUGAUGUUGCAUUCUAGCUUUAUUUUACCAAUGUUUCUUUCUUCCUUUUGCAAUCGUAGACCAAGAACGGAGGUCUGAAAAUAGGUCAACAAAUUAAUUCUAACGCAAUUGAAAUGUUGGGUGAGCUUCCCGCAUUUGCUCAUAGUCCCUCCGGCAUGGAAUUAUUUGUCUUCCAUGAGCAGAUAACGUUUCCCCCCCCCCUUUCCUCCUCUAUUUCUGGAAGAUAAACAAUAGUAAGGUUUUAAUGCAACACAAUAACCCAAUCAAUUUCAGUAGAGUUAUGAUAUGUAAUUAAUUUUUGACAAGGUAUGAUUACUUAUAUUUACUGGAAAAGUGCAGGAUAUCUGCCUAAAUCAAAAUAUACAUUAGUGUUUGGUUAUUAGCUGUAAGCUACAAUGCUAUUAUUGCUAUUAACUCUAUGUUGGUUCAUUUUACAUGUGGUCAAGAAAUGUCAUAUUUAGUUGCUAUGUUCAAAGUUGUUCUCAUGGGCUGGUGGUGCUGUUAGUAAUUUUAAUGUUUUUUGAGAUGUACUCCUGGAUGAAGCAGAAAAAAUUAAGCAAAAUAACCUCAUUCUCCUCCAUAAUAAUAUUUUGCUAUAUAGAUAAGUAUUUUUCAAUACGGGACUAUAAUUGAAAUUAUUUAGAACGGACAAAGAAACUUUGCCAAGUAAGAUAUUUUUCAUUGAUAUUUAAUCGUGUAGUAUGCUAUACAUUUUAAGAAUAAAUUAUUAAUCUGUUGGAGAAAAAAAAAGAAUACAUUGCUUUAACUUGAAUAAAUUUUGGCAUGAAAAUAUCUCGUAAUUAUCAUUAAAAUGAGUGGUUUUUGUAUGAAAUGCUACUCUUAAUAAGCUUGGCAAAAAGUAGCUGUUUGUUUCCGUUGAAAUUAAUUGUAAAACAGUUCGUCCUCAUUACGAGUGAAUGUAUUCAAAUAAUAAUUAUUUAUAGAAAUGAUGCAAACAUACAAUAUUUGCAGCUUUUUAUCAUUUCCUACAUUUAUGUAGUGUACAGUAUAAGUACUACAGUAGGUAGGUUUCUCUAUUCAGUUUUAUGUAAAACAAUGAAUUGUACAAAUGAUUGCGUUUUAGUGUCGUAAAAUUUCCAUUCUAUUCACAUGUUUAAGUUAAACUCAUUUACAUUUGUAAUUAUUUAAUGCUAAUUAGCAGAAUUAAUCAAUUUAAAUUUGUUAGUUUACAAAACAAUAUUUUGAUAUGGUAUGUUGAAUGUUGUAGUGAGGUCGUCAUUUUCUUGUUGAUGCUUAAGCUGCCCAGAUUAUCAAAUUUUUUUUUUGACAAAAAAACUCUUGUAUUCUCAUAGGCAUGUUUUGAUGUCAUAUGAGCAUAGGCAUAUCACAUGCUUUUGUCAAAUAAAAUUUGAUAGCCUGGACGGGGCCUAAAAAUACCAGAAUGGUAUAAAUAAGUCAACAUGCAAUUUCUGUCCAGUUGAUGGUGAUAUUUUUUUCGGCUGGCUUGCUGGCUUUUUUUUUUUUUAUUGUCGAUGUGAUACUGGUUAUGCCAGUGUUGCUGCAUUUUACAAAUUUUGAGUUACGAUAUGGAUUGUACAGUAAACACAAAACACUGUA